AUGGCGUCCUACCGAUAUGAACCGCUCCGAAGUGCGUCACAGGAGAUUCGACUUGUUCAUCUUCUACCCGGCAGGUUUGAGGACGACAUCAAAAUCCGAAUCCUCCAUUCGCCAUUUCCCCUGCCUGCCACACCUCCACCAAAGGCAAAGAACUUCCAGGUUGACUCUGUCCGGACCUUGGUCUCUCGGCCUUGGGAAAUAGAAGAAACCGAAAGCGGCUACUUCAUGAUAUUCAACGUUGUCACUGGUGAAGCGCACCCUCUCCUAACCGUUGCAUCACCUCUUGAGGAGACUUCAGAAUACCAGCCGCGAUACGAGGCUUUGUCAUACACCUGGGGAGAUGCUGAUGUCUCGGAAUUCGGUCAGGUUGAGGAUAGCCAAGGCAGUGGCGAGCCUUCCGCGACAUUGGGGUUGCGUCCCAACCUGGCCUCCGCGCUCCGCUACUUGCGCCACUCAGAUGAGACGCGGGUCUUAUGGAUCGACGCCAUAUGCAUUAACCAAGAAGAUAUCGAAGAGCGCAAUGAACAGGUGAAGAGGAUGACAAACAUCUACACACUAGCCCAGCGGGUGAUAGCUUGGCUUGGCGAGGAGUCCAACAACAGCAAGCACGCACUCGCAACACUACAGCAUAUCGGGCGGCAACUCGAAGCAACGAAGAGCGGCCGAAUCAUUGCCGCACCCGACGCCACGGAGCCUCACCUGUGGAGGAAUGACCACGCGCCGUCCUUCGAUCAGCGGACCUGGCAAGCUUUAAUCAAUUUCGUGGAACGCGCGUGGUUUUACAGGCUCUGGUGCUGGCAAGAGAUCAAGCUAGGCAGCUGGCACGCGUUUCUUCAAUGCGGCGGUGAUACGAUACCGUGGAAUGAUUUUUGGCUGGCGGUGCUCUGUCUACACAAUAAAGACAGUUUACCUUCGAUGCGGUUUCGUGAGCGAUGCCGGCAUAUCGUCUUCCUUAAACAUGACGCUGCGGGCCACUCGAUGAGCAAUAUCCUGGACGUCAGUCGAAGCAAGGGCUGUGCUAAUCCAAGAGAUAAAAUCUACGGACUCCUGGGCAUCACACCAACAUACUUCAGCUCCAGUAUCGUGGUUGACUACCUACGACCCGUCGAGGACGUGUAUAAGGAGGCAUUCCUGACGCAUUUGAAUGCAACAAAACGGUUGGAGCUGCUGAAACAUUGUGAUCUAGCCAACCGCCAAAUCGGGGGACCGUCGUGGGUGCCCGACUGGUCUAAGACAGAAUUUGCAGCUCCAGUUCUGAGCGAGCAGCUUUCUUCUGGAAUCUCACGGGCAUGGUUUACAUACGCAGAACCGGACGUGCUCGAGGUCGUCGGAAAACAGUAUACCACGAUUAAGACUGUCAGCGGGAUGGCUUCCAUGGUUGAGGAGGAGACGCUGCUGGCGGUUGGAGAUUGGUUCCAGCAUUUGCCAAACAAAGGCACUUACGUCACGGGUGAGACUAUGGAAGCCGCGUUUGCCCUGACACUUUGCAUGAACCGGACGAGAGAACGGCACCCGUACAGCCAUUUCUUGAGCAUUCCGGAAUGGGUCGGUAUGCUCCGCAAUAUUCUGUGCCUGACUGCCACCUCUCAGGAUGACACAAUAUACUCCGCAAGAGAGACCACAAACACAAUACAGAAGAUUCGCGGUCGCCGGGUUUUCACUACUGAGACUGGGCACAUUGGCACAGCUCCAGCUGGUGCUCAAACUGGGGACUCAGUUUGCCUUAUCUUAGGGACUUACGCCCCCAUGGUCUUGCGUCGGACUUCAUCUGGCCAAUUCCAUGUCGUGGGAGAAUGUUAUGUGCAUGGCCUCAGUGACGCUGUUGGCAUCCUUGGGCCACUGCCAGACCACUGGGAGACAAUUAUCAAAGGAGAUGCCUUGGGAAGACCAACGCAACGUUUUGUUCACCUCAGGGACCACAAGGAGACUUCAAAUGACCCACGGCUGGAACCCUUGCCAUGGAAUUGGGAGCGAGCGACGUACGAAAGACUUGCUGAUGAUCCGGCCAUAUUUGAAAGAUUCAGGAAUCUCGAAACCGGUGAACUGGUGAACUACGAUCCGCGGUUGUUUCCGGAGGUGCUCGAGGCUCGCGGGGUUGAGCUUCAGUCCUUCAGGCUCGCCUGA